AUGUCGAGUCCGUCCAAGAAGAGGAAGCUCAACAGUGGCAAGAAACAGCCGGCAGCCCAGUCAAAGGGAUUGGAAUACUUCUUUUCCAAGCAAAAACAGCCGGAGACACUGAAUACCUCGGUUGGUGGAGAUGGUGAUCCAAGCAGCUCAUCAGCUAUACUUUCCGAUGAGGAACUGGCACGGAAGCUACAGGCGGAAUGGAAUCAAGAGGUGACCAACGAGGUUCACCCCUCUUCAGGAGACCGAAAUGCGACUUCAAAGGACAAAGAUGUUGGACCUACAGCAGAGACGGUAGAGGAUGGUUCCACGUCCACUUCUGCAAGCCAACCGGAGAUAUCCCCUCCGGAUACGACACCCAAGAAGCAGGAUGCCAAGAAGACGCUUUCUCUGCAAUCUACUGGAAUGGCCGAUGACACAGUAACAACAUCUAUUCCGCUUGACGAGUCACCCCUCACUUUUGAUCCGUCAAAGUAUGUAAAGGAACUGCAGGAGUACUGGGCCCCUGAGAAUGGGGAUGCGUCCUAUGCUCUCCUUACUAGAUGCUUCGUUCUUGUUAGCGCAACAACAAGUCGCAUCAAAAUCGUCGAUACUCUUGUAAAUUGUCUACGAAUUUUGAUAGAAGGUGAUCCUUCUAGUCUUCUACCCGCUGUCUGGCUGGCUACCAAUUCUAUAUCGCCUCCGUUCAUCUCCAUGGAGCUUGGUCUUGGCGGGUCUGCCAUUUCCAAGGCUCUCCGCCAAGUCUGUGGUCUGGAUAACCGGUCUCUUAAAGCCAUCUAUGACAAAUACGGAGACCCAGGCGAUGUUGCGUUCGAAGCAAAGAAGAAACAGAGUUUCACACUGAGAAAGCCAAAGCCUCUCACAAUAAAGGGCGUCUAUCAAUCCCUGGUAAAGAUUGCUACUACUCAUGGACAAGGAAGUGGUGAGAUAAAGCAGCGGAUCGUGGAUCGGUUACUGCAGGAUGCGCGAGGGGGAGAAGAGAGCCGGUUCAUUGUUCGAACCGUCUCGCAGUAUCUCCGCAUUGGUGCCGUUAAAACUACCAUGCUCAUUGCGUUAUCCAGAGCAUUCUCGCUUUCUAAAGCCCCAGGUUCUGAGUACGAUACGAAGAACAUUACAGAGCUGAGUAAGCUAAAGAAGGAAGAGCUGGCAGAAGUUUGGAGCAAAGCAGAAGAGAUUGUCAAAGCAAGUUUUGCAAGGCACCCAAACUACAACGACUUGGUUCCUGCACUCCUCGAUGUUGGGGUAUGUGAAGAGCUGCUGCUGAGGUGCGGCUUGACCCUCCACGUGCCACUGCGUCCGAUGCUGGGAAGCAUUACCAGAGACCUCUCGGAGAUGCUCACAAAGCUCCAGGGAAGGGAUUUUGCGUGUGAGUACAAAUAUGAUGGGCAACGUGCACAAGUCCAUUGCGACGAAAAAGGCAAGGUUUCGAUAUUUUCUAGACACUUGGAGCUUAUGACAGAAAAAUAUCCCGACCUUGUGGAGCUGGUUCCCAAGAUAAGAGGAGAAGGCAUCGGUAGCUUUAUAAUGGAAGGGGAAGUUGUUGCUGUUGACCGAGAGACGGGCGAGCUCAAGAACUUUCAGACACUGACCAAUCGUGCUCGGAAAGAUGUUGCAAUUGGAGACAUCAAAAUCGAUGUCUGUCUGUUUGCGUUUGAUUUGAUGUAUCUCAACGGACAAUCUCUUUUGGACAGAUCAUUUCGAGAAAGGCGAGAGCUUCUUCGAUCCCUCUUUAUAGAGGUACCCCACCACUUUACUUGGGUUAAAAGCCUGGACGCUACCUCUGGGGACUCGGAAGCAGUUCUCGAGUUUUUCAAAUCAGCGUUGGAGAACAAAUGCGAAGGCAUCAUGGUCAAAAUCCUGGACAAUAUUCCUGAUCUGCCCUUGGUGGAAGUUGAGCCCGAGCAACCUCUGGAAGACCCGGAAAAGUUAUCGCUCCCCAAGUCUAAAGCAAAAGGCAAGGGGAAGACGAAGAAUGCUACAAAAGGCGAUGGUGAUGAAAAGCCAGCAAAAUCUCGAAGGAAGCCGCUCCUGGCAACGUAUGAACCAGAUAAACGUUUAGACUCCUGGCUCAAGGUCAAGAAGGAUUACAAUUCGAGUUUCGACACUCUUGAUAUGGUUCCCGUAGCUGGAUGGCAUGGGCAGGGCAGAAAGGCGAAAUGGUGGUCGCCCAUCUUGAUGGCGGUACGGAAUGAGGAGAGUGGCACGCUCGAGGUGGUCUGCAAAUGCAUAUCGGGCUUUACAGACACCUUUUACAAAGCGAACAAGGAGUUUUACGAUAACGGGGAGGAAAGUGGCGAGCCAAAGAAUACCAAGCUACAGAAACCGAGCUUCAUAGAAUACUACGGUCCAAGCCCAGACGUUUGGUUUGAGCCACAGGAGGUAUGGGAGAUGGCAUUUGCGGAUAUUACGCUGAGCCCAGUGUAUACUGCGGCCAUUGGGCUUGUGAGCGACGAGCGAGGUCUCAGUUUACGGUUCCCGCGAUUUUUGAAGAAGAGAGAAGACAAGAGUAUCGACGAGGCGAGCACGAAUGAGUUUCUGGCCAACUUGUGGAGAAAGCAAGAAGCAAAGGCGGCAUCGUCAGCGUCGAAGGAUAGAGAGGCUGCAGUGGAAGAUGCGUUGGAUGGUGAGCAAGAUGAAUGA